AUGUCGGAGGCGGAGCUGGGGUGGGCGCCCGAGCCCCCCGCCAUGACCCUGGGGGCCUCGCGGGUGGAGCUCCGCGUGUCCUGCCUAGGCCUCCUGGACCGGGACACGCUCGCCAAGCCGCACCCCUGCGUGCUGCUCAAGCUCCGCACCGAUGAGCAGUGGGUGGAGGUGGAGCGCACGGAGGUGCUUCGCUCCUGCUCGAACCCCGUCUUCUCCCGGGUACUGGCCCUGGAGUACUUUUUUGAGGAGAAGCAGCCCCUGCAAUUCCACGUGUUCGAUGCUGAGGACGGGGCCGCGAGCCCCAGCAGCGACGCCUUCUUGGGCUCCGCAGAGUGCACCCUGGGCCAGAUCGUGUCACAAACCAAGGUCACCAAGCCACUGCUGCUGAAGAACGGGAAGACGGCGGGCAAGUCCACCAUCACGGUCGUCGCGGAGGAGGUGUCUGGCACCAAUGACUACGUCCAGCUCACCUUCCGGGCCCACAAGCUGGACAACAAGGAUCUGUUCAGCAAGUCAGAUCCCUUCAUGGAGAUCUACAAGAGCGACGCGGGCCAGAGCGAGCAGCUGGUGUGGAGGACCGAGGUCGUGAAAAACAACCUGAACCCCAGCUGGGCGCCGUUCCGCCUGUCCCUGCACUCCCUGUGCAGCUGCGACGUCCACCGGCCCCUCAAGUUCCUGGUGUACGACUACGACUCCAGCGGGAAGCACGACUUCAUCGGCGAGUUCACCAGCACCUUCCGGGAGAUGCAGGACGGGACGGCAGAGCCCGGGCAGGAGAUGCAGUGGGAUUGUAUCAACCCCAAGUACCGGGACCGGAAGAAGAACUACAAGAGCUCCGGGACGGUGGUGCUGGCCCAGUGCACGGUGGAGAAAGUGCACACCUUCCUGGACUACAUCAUGGGAGGCUGCCAGAUCAGCUUCACGGUGGCCAUCGAUUUCACCGCCUCCAACGGGGACCCCAGGAGCAGCCAGUCCUUGCACUGCCUCAGCCCCCGCCAGCCCAACCACUACCUGCAGGCCCUGCGCGCCGUGGGGGGCAUCUGCCAGGACUACGACAGUGACAAGCGGUUCCCGGCUUUCGGCUUUGGCGCUCGCAUCCCUCCCAACUUCGAGGUGUCCCAUGACUUUGCUAUCAACUUUGACCCCGAAAAUCCUGAGUGCGAGGAGAUCGCGGGGGUGAUCGCCGCGUACCGCCGCUGCCUGCCGCAGAUCCAGCUCUACGGGCCCACCAACGUGGCGCCCAUCAUCGCCCGCGUGGCCGCGCCGGCGCAGCGCGAGCAGGCCACGGGCCGGGCCACGAAGUACUCGGUGCUGCUGGUGCUCACCGACGGCGUGGUGAGCGACAUGGCGGAGACGCGCGCGGCCGUGGUGCAGGCCUCGCGCCUGCCCAUGUCCAUCAUCAUCGUGGGCGUGGGCAACGCCGACUUCUCCGACAUGCGGCUCCUGGACGGCGACGAGGGGCCCCUGCGCUGCCCCCGCGGCGUGCCCGCCGCCCGCGACAUCGUCCAGUUCGUGCCCUUCCGGGACUUCAAGGACGCCUCGCCCUCCGCCCUGGCCAAGUGCGUCCUGGCCGAGGUGCCCCGGCAGGUGGUGGAGUACUACGCCAGCCAGGGCAUCAGCCCCGGGGCGCCCCGGCCCCCCACGCCCUCCGCCACCCCCAGCCCCAGCCCCUGA